GGAAGUGAUCGCUGCGUGAAUCAUCGGUGAGAUGAUCGCCGGCCGGCCCUAUCUAAGGCUGCUGCGAGCAUCCUCCAAGUCCAUGGCUAAGAGCCCACUCGAGGGUGUGCCCCCCUCCAGGGGUCUACACGCGGGGCGCGGGCCCAGAAGGCUCUCCAUCGAAGGCAACAUUGCUGUGGGAAAAUCCACCUUUGUGAAGUUACUCAUGAAAACUUACCCAGAGUGGCACGUAGCUACAGAACCUGUAGCAACAUGGCAGAAUGUCCAGGCUGCUGGCACCCAAAACGCCUGCACUGUCCCCAGUCUUGGAAACUUGCUGGAUAUGAUGUACCAGGAGCCAGCACGAUGGUGCUACACAUUCCAGACAUUUUCUUUUAUGAGCCGCCUGAAAGUACAGUUGGAGCCCUUCCCUGAGAAACUCUUAGAGGCCAAGAAGGCGGUACAGAUCUUUGAGAGGUCUGUAUACAGCGACAGGUAUAUCUUUGCAAAGACUCUUUUUGAAAAUGGUUCCCUCAGUGACAUCGAAUGGCAUAUCUAUCAGGACUGGCAUUAUUUUCUCCUGCAGGAGUUUGCCAGCCGGCUCAGAUUACAUGGCUUCAUCUACCUCCAGGCUGCUCCCCAGGUUUGUUUGAAGAGACUACACCUGAGGGCCAGGGAAGAGGAGAAAGGAAUUGAGUUGGCGUAUCUUGAGCAGCUUCAUGCUCAGCAUGAAGCCUGGCUUGUCCGCAAAACAACCCCGCUCUACUCUGAGGCUCUGCUGAACAUUCCAGUGCUGGUAUUGGAUGUCAAUGAUGAUUUUUCUGAAGAAGUAACCAAACAAGAAGAGCUCAUGAAGAGGGUAAACACCUUUGUAAAGAAUCUAUAACCAGUACCAGGAUGUUCUAGCUGUGAUCUGGGCUCUCUGACUUUUUGAAGCCAGAAGAAUACCAAGUCACCCACCUUCCCAUCCCCACUCCCAUCUCCUUUUACACCUAGAGUGCUCUGACACUCAGGGGUUAGGUUUCUAUUAUCCUUGGACCCUGCCUUUGUCUUUGUUUAUAUCUCAAGGACUUCUUAAAUAAAGUCUACAUUUUUGU